GGACUGAAUUUGAAUUUCCCUAAGGAUCCUGCAAAAGUUAAAAGUGACUGCAAACCCUUUGCUUGCUUUUUUUUUCUCCUUUUCUUUUAUUCUUGUCGUUGUUGUCUAAAAUGGACAGCAAACAAGAGAUAAAAGCACCUAGCAUGACAGAAACAAUUCCACCAUCUUCACAGACACAAUUUGAAGCUUAUGCACCCGUUCAACAACCUAAUUUAUGGAAGACAUUUAAAUCUCAAGUAGGCACAAAAGAAGGAUGGUGGGGUGACUUUGAUUGGAUCAGUAUGUGUGUUCCUUCUAUCUUCUUGAAAGAGAAGCGCGGUACACCCUUUUGGGGCUUGAAUAGUCGACUGCCCAUAGGCCUAGCUUUAGUUAUGGGUUUUCAACAUUCACUUGCCAUGGUCAGUGGUGUUGUUACACCGAUUUUGAUUAUGGCAGCAUCUUUAAAUUUGGAGACAGCAGACCGUCAGUACUUAUUAUCAGCUGCAUUAAUUACCUCUGCCAUUUUAUCAUUAAUUCAAAUCACUCGCUUUAAGAUUUGGAGAACUGGCUAUUUCCUCGGUACUGGUUUACUGAGUGUAGUGGGCCCAAAUUUUGCUAGCAUUCCUGCAGUAAGUGCAGUCAUUAAAAACAUGUACUCUACUGGUUAUUGUGCAACUAAUACCCUGGCGGACGGCUCAAUUGAGUAUUUGCCAUGUCCUCGAGCAUGGGGAGCAAUCCUUGGAACAGCCAUGGUAUGUUCGUUCUUUGAAAUCGGCAUGAGCUUUUUGCCUCCCAAGACUAUUCGUCGUUUAUUUCCACCUAUUGUCUCUGGCACUACUAUUUUGUUGAUUGGCUGCUCCGUAAUUAGCACUGCUUUAGAAGAUUGGGCUGGUGGAUCAGGUAGUUGUAUGUCAAUGCCAGAAACAGGAUAUUAUUCUCAAUGCCCUAAUAUUGAUGCUCCUCAUCCACUUCCAUGGGGCAGUCCUCAAUUCUUGGGACUUGGUUUUGUUGUGUUUGCAACUAUCGUGUUAAUUGAAAAUAUUGGCUCUCCAUUCAUGAAAAGUGCUCAAAUUAUCAUUGGUUUGAUUGUAGGCUUGAUUGUAGCAGCAGCUUGUGGAUACGUUGAUUCUAGUUCGAUUAAUUCUGCCCCACCUAUUACAUUUUUAUGGACCAGAACUUUUCCAAUUGAUGUAUACGGACCAGCUAUUAUACCCUUCCUUAUUGUGUAUUUAGACAACAUGCUUGAGAGUAUUGGUGAUAUCACAGCUUCAUGCGAUGUGUCUGGUGUAGAAGUAGACGGGCCAUCAUUUCAACAGAGAAUUCAAGGCGGCUUACUUGCAGAUGGUGUAAACUCUUUCCUGGCUGCGUGUAUGACUAUUUCUCCUGUAGUGACAUUUGCCCAGAACAAUGGUGUGGUUGCUAUGACUCGUUGUGCUAAUCGCCUUGCUGGCUAUUGUGCCUGUCUUUUUAUUUUUAUAUUUGGCAUCUUUGGCAAGAUCUCUGCUGUAUUUUUAGCAAUCCCAUCCUCUGUCUUGGGCGGUAUGAAUGCUUUUUUGUUCGCCUCUGUAACUGUUUCUGGUAUUCGUAUCCUGUCCUAUCUCGAAUGGACUCGACGUGAUCGUUUUAUUGUCACUUGUUCAUUGGCCCUUGGCUUAGGCGUCACUUUGGUGCCUUCAUGGUUUACUCAUGUGUUUACAUAUUCUGGUGAUAAUGCUGCAUUGAAAGGCUUUUUGAGCGCCAUUACUACUAUUGUUGACACUGGCUACUGUAUUGGGUCUUUGAUGGCCAUUUUUUUAAACUUGGUUAUUCCUACUGAAUGGGGACCAGAAACAGCAAAGGAACAAGCAGAAAAAGAACGAAAAGAGCGUGAUGAGAUUCGUGAUGGUUUUAUCAAUUCCUCUAUCAAUGAAGAAAACCCUCUUCAGGAUCUAAGUCCUACAGCUAGAUCUUUGACUCAUUAACAUUGAAUUACAUUUUUUUUAAUCUUAAAAAGAUAAA